AUGGAGAAUGUCAGCAAAGAGAAAUUACGUUGUACAAUUCAGUUAGUCUUAAAGGAUGCUGACAUUAGUAUAAUAACAAUGAAAGACGUCAGAAAUACAUUAUCAACAUUAUUGGCCUGCGAUAUGGAUCAUAGAAAACAUGAAAUUAAUGAUAUUGUUCGAUCUGAAAUACUACUACGGGAUUCCACAACAAUGAAUACAGCCGACAAUCGUAAGAAUAAUUACGAACAAAAUGGAACAUCAACCGACUCUAUUCCUGAUGAAAUAAAUCAUUUAUCUCAUCCACAAUCACAUCAUUUUUCGUCUGAUGUUACGUUUGAAGAUAUAAGAAAAUUACAAGCAAAAUUUGCGAAUGAAAGAAAUUGGAAUCGCUAUCAUACGCCAAGAAAUUUAUUAUUAGCCUUAGUUGGUGAAGUAGGAGAACUCGCUGAAUUAUUUCAAUGGAAAAAUGAAGUGUUAGAAGGCUUGCCAGAUUGGACGUCAACUGAACGUCAGAAUGUGUCUGAUGAAUUAAUUGUAAAAGAUAAUUACUGUGUAUCAAACACAUUGACAACAUGUGCAUCCAAAACAUUGAAAGAUUUUCAGUCACCCUACACAAGUACAAUUAUUCAACGUUUAAUUGAUCAGGGUGGUAUCGUAAUAGGCAAAACAAAUAUGGAUGAAUUUUCAAUGGGUACAGCAAGCUGGGGUUACAUGGGGCCAGUAGUUAAUCCGUGGAGUUUGAAAACAACAGAAAAACACAUUGCUGGUGGAAGUUCUGGCGGUAGUGCGGCUGCUGUUGCCGCCAAUCUCGUUCCAAUUUCAAUCGGAUCUGAUACGGGUGGUUCUGUGAGAGCUCCCGCUGCACGAUGUGGUUGUUAUGGUUUUAAAGCAUCCUAUGGUCUUUUGUCACGCUACGGACUCAUUUCACUCGUCAAUUCAUUUGACUCACCUGGAAUAUUUUCUCGAACAAUCAGUGAUAUUGUAUUGACAAUGAAUGCAAUGGCUGGACCUGAUGAAGAAGAUGCAACACUGUUGCAGAAACCUUUUGAGCACAUUGAAUUAUCCGGUCAAAAUGAAGAAAAGAAAAAAAUUGUCAUUGGACUUCCAGAAGAAUAUGAUAUUGAAUCAUUAUCUGAUGAAUAUCGCUCAUGUUGGUUUGAAGUGAUUGAUCAAUUGACGUCGCUUGGUUAUGAAAUUAAACGUUGUAAUUUGCCUUAUACAAAAUAUUCAAUUGCGUGUUAUACAGUGUUAGCCAGUUGUGAAAUAACGUCAAAUAUGGCGCGUUUUGAUGGAAUCAAAUAUGGCUAUCGAACCAAAAACGUCGAAAAAGGCGCUACUUACGAACAAAUAUUAACUAAAACACGUAAUGAGAGUCUUGGUGAACGUGUACGAGGACGUAUAUUAGCUGGCAACUAUUUUCUACGUGAAGAAAAUUACGAUAGUUAUUUUGUUCAAAGUCAAAAAGUUCGUCGAGCAAUUGUUCAUGAUUAUAGCACACUAUUUUCAACUGGAAAUAUUGACUGUUUAUUAGCGCCAGUUGUUUCCGAUGAUCCACCGACAUUUGAAGAAUAUCAAAAUACAAAUGAAAUUUUUACUUCAGACGACUUAUUAACUGUCGGCGUAAAUCUUGCUGGUUUACCUGCUCUGAGUUUUCCAGUGAAAUUAUCUAAAAAGGGUUUUCCAAUUAGUUUACAAUUAAUCGGACCAUUUAUGAAGGAUAAACAAUUGCUACAACUCGCAAAUAAAAUAUGUUCAAUAUUUCAAUUUCCAUUUUUAGACUUGACAAAAGACGAUAGUUAA